UUAGACAUUUACAAAAGUUAUAAGAUAUUGGCAGAAACAAGUACAAAAGUACAAAAUGUCGGAGCUAAAAUUUGAGUACAAGUGCAGCCAGUUUGAGGUGGAGGACACCGAAAACCUUUUUGGGCAAAUGAAUUUGCAGCCUCAGGAGGAGCAGCAUGUGGCCGAGUCCAAGGAGAAUUUGGAUGACGAUGACGAGAAGACGCUGAAGCAACAGCAAUUGGAACAGGAUCUUGAGCAGCUGCAACGUCGCCAGAGCAUUGUGUACGACAAUGCCCAGAAGCAAGUGGCUGUACUCGAGAAUUUGCUGAAGACCGUUGACUCCGACUGGCAGAAGGAGGUGCCAACGGGCGCUGUUACGCAGCAAGACCCCGCGCCGCAGGCCUACCGCUUUAAGGACAUCUACGAGCACAAGAAACAGCAGCUCCUGCGCCAGCGGCUCGAGCAGGAGCGUGCCCAGCGCCAGUUCCGCAGCCGUCCCAUGCCCAACUUCGGCCAAGUCCAUCAGCAGCUGGCCAACAAGCAGGUCGUACAUCACAUCACCUGUGCGGUCACACCAAAUGUCCUAAAAACGUCGCGCAACAUGCUGCUAAAGCGACGCCAGAAGGUCGAGCAGCUGUUGCAGGAACGCGAGCAGGAGCGGCUGCAGCAGCAGAAGCUGCGCCCCAAGACCAAGCCGGUGCCCAAGUUCAUUGCAGCCCCACUGAAGCCAGCCAAUGGUCAAUCCUCGCAGUUUCAGCUGGAGGUCAAACCCUUCCGCCUAUCCACGGAGCUGCGCGCCGAGCAGCGCAAGAUAUUCAAUUCAAAGUCGCAUCUGAUGCAGGAAACCCGACGCCGGGAGCAGGCGGAACAGCGCAAACGUCUCGAGCACGAGGAGUUCAAAAAGCAGCGCCAACUGGCCACAUUCCGAGCCCGACCCAAUCCGUUCAAAUUCCAAUUCGACCAAGUUGCUCGCCAACAGUAGUCUCUCCAGAUUGUUUAUUGUUACGUUCAAUUUUUUUGGUUCCUUUUUGCUUACCAAAAAUUGGUUUUGUUUUUCCUUAUGAGCUGAGUUUAUUUU